CCACAACCCGCAGACACAAUUUGCUUGUUCGUUACAGUGUGGUUUAGGAGUUGCUGCUCGAAUAAUUGGUGUAAAACACUCCGGUUAAUUUUCAAAAUUUCGAUUUUUAUUUCUGUUUUGAUUUUGUUUCUGCUGCUGCGCGGGGAAAUAGUCGGAGCUUUGAGGGCGCUCCGUGUUUUCAAAGCCCGAAAUAAUCGCUGUCAGGAGGACUACUGUAUUGUUGAUGUCAUCCGCGGCAGAGCUGUAGCGACCUUCAAUUUCCAGGCAAGACCAGGAUAAACAAAGACUAGUUUUUGGGUGGUUUUUUUUCUGUCUUUGUUUUUGUUUUAUUUGCCAGUGACACCAGAAGCGAGGAUGGGACUUUUGCUGCCCUGUAUCCUGCUGCUAUCUGUUUCCACUUUCACCGCCGGUUUAGAUUCUCAGCAAGGAUUCAAACCCUUUGGACAGUCGCUUUUUUUGAGGCAGUCAAACAUUGAAGAGAAAGCGGCGAACAUCGUAAAGAGGUCUCUGCCUGCAUGGCUGGCUGCAUCACCAAACCACAAGAUAAAACGAAGAAGCGCCGAGCAGGGCGACUCCUGCAAAGCAAUUCAACGAUAUGACACCAAGUUAGCAGACAACACCCACAGUUAUACCUUCAAUGACCUGAGUGGGUCAGUGUCCCUGGCCUGGGUUGGAGAUGGCACAGGGGUCAUCCUGGCUUUGACGACUUUUCAGGUGCCCUUCUUCAUGAUAAGACUUGGACAGUCCAAACUCUAUCGAAGUGAGAACUACGGAAAAUCAUUCGAGGAUGUGACCGGACUCAUCAACAACACUUUCAUCAGAUCAGAGUUUGGCAUUGCUAUCGGGAGCAAUGGGAGAGUGAUCCUGACAGGAGAAGUGUCCGGGGGUCUCGGGUCUCGGAUCUUUGUCUCAGAAGACUUCGGAAAGAGUUUCACCCCCCGAGACCUGCCCUUCAUCCCCCUGAUGCAGAUCACAUACAACCCGGAAAAUUCCAAUGCACUGCUGGUCCUCAGCAACAGCAAUGAGCUCUGGCUGUCUGAUGAUUUUGGCAGUAACUGGAAAAAGAUCCACGAUAUGGUGUGUCUAGUGAAAUGGGGAAGGAAAAAUACCAUGUUCUUUACAUCCAGCCACAACGGAUCCUGCAUUGAUCGGGGAAUGCUGAAUCUGAGGAGGUCAACCGACUACGGUAAAACCAUCAAGACUGUUGCCAGGAAGAUCUACUCCUUCGGCCUGGGUGGACGCUUCCUCUUCGCCUCUGUGAUGACAGGCAAGGGCACUCUGAGGAUGAUCCAUGUGUCAGUGGACCAGGGUGAGACGUGGAACAUGGCCCAGCUGCCCCCUGUUGGUCACGAGCAGUUCUACUCCAUCCUGUCAGCGAACGAUGAAAUGGUCUUCAUGCAUGUCGACGAGCCUGGAGAUACAGGAUUUGGAACCAUUUAUGUAUCAGAUGACCGUGGCACUGUGUACUCCAAAUCAUUGGAGCGCCACCUUUACACCACCACGGGGGGCGAUACAGACUUCACUAACGUCACCUCACUGCGAGGAGUUUUUGUCACCAGCGUCCUGGCAGAAGAUAACUCUGUGCAGUCUGUGGUGUCCUUUGAUCAGGGAGGGGAAUGGGUUCCCCUGAGGAAACCUGCCAACAGCAAGUGUGAUGCUACAGCCAAAGACCCAGACAAGUGCAGUCUCCACAUCCACGCAGCCUACAGCACUGCCAUGAAGCUGAACAUCCCCAUGCUGCCUCUGACCGAACCAAACGCUGUGGGUCUCAUCUUAGCUCACGGGAGUGUUGGGGAUGCCAUCUCAGUGAUGAAGCCUGAUGUGUAUGUGUCUGAUGAUGGGGGGUACACCUGGAUAAAGGCCCUUGAUGGUCCCCAUUACUACGCUAUUCUGGACUCUGGAGGGCUGCUGGUCGCCGUGGAGCACAGCCCCACUCAACCUAUCAACAAGAUCAAAUUUUCUACUGAUGAAGGACAGUGCUGGGGUGUUUACACCUUCGACGAAAAACCCAUCUACUUUACUGGGCUGGCAUCAGAGCCGGGAGCUCGCUCCAUGAACGUCAGUAUCUGGGGCUACAGAGACGCCAUCCUCAGCCAGUACUGGGUCUCCAUCACCAUUGACUUCAGGGAGCUUCUCACCAGAGACUGUGGUGAUAAUGACUAUGUGCAGUGGUUGGCCCACUCUGAUGACAUCAGUGACCCCAAAGACGGUUGCAUGCUGGGCUACAAAGAGAAGUUCCUGCGUCUCAGGAAGGACUCUGUUUGUUGGAACGGACGAGAUUACGAGGUCAACACCCAGCCAACCCCGUGUCUGUGCACCCUGGAUGACUUCCUGUGUGACUUUGGAUACUACCGUCAAGAGAACAGCUCGGAGUGUGUGGAGCAGCCGGACCUGAAAGGCAAAGUGCUUGAGUUCUGUCUGCACGGCAAAGAGGAACAACUGCAGACCAGUGGCUAUAGGAAAAUCCCUGGAGACAAAUGUGAGGGGGGGAAGAUGCCCGAGCGUAAAGAGAUCGACCUCAGUAAGAGGUGUGUGAGUGACCUGGUCGGCCCUGAAUUUCUGGUGGACAGUCGCUCCUCCAAGUCUGUAACCAUUGUGGUAACAGUCAUCAUCAUCAUGCUGCUGAGCAUUGCAGCUGGAGUCGUCUUUGUCAAGAAAUAUGUCUGUGGUGGCAGGUUCUUGGUUCACAGGUACUCGGUGCUGCAGCAGCAUGUUGAGGACAAUGCCGUUGACGGGAUGGACGACCCGCUGGAGACCAACCACACUCAGAAUGGCAAGAUAGAGUUUCAUGACGACUCAGAUGAGGACCUGCUGGAAUAGCAGGCUCAGCCUGUCAUGCCACUGAGCAACAGGUUUCCUGUUCCAGCUGCUGCUCCUGUCACUCUUUUGUCUCGAGCUACUUCUUCCUUUCACCUUCUAGUAUGAAGUUUGGCCUCAGCUACCACAUGAAAAGUCUGCGUCACUCUGCUGUCAUCUAUGAAGUAUAAUGAAUGUACGGAGGCUUCCUGGGACUAAUGCCACAGUGGAGGAGGAAGGAGGUCUGGUAGUGUUGUGCUUCAGUUAUUGAUUCUGUUGAUUGAGUUUGAGUCUCCAACUUAUUUAUUUUAAGAAUGAAGGACUGAUUCAGUCAUUUGAACUGCUGACAGAGCCACAGUAAUGGGCUUUGAAGCAAAGCUAGUUGUAUAAAUCCACCAUCAUUGCAUUACGGGUCCUGCUCCUCCCAUCUCCUGGGAGCUCUCCUGGAAAUACUUCUCACUUCUGUUGAAGAUAUGUGUGCUUUUUCUCAUGCACUUGUACAUAAAUCAGUUUUUUCUUUGCCAUUUUUGACAAUUUGGUAGGUGUUAAAAAGGUUGCUGUUGGUAGCUGGUUAAUAACUCUCCCAAACCAUUUAAUCCCUACUUUUAAUAAGGUAUUUGUCGGUCCAAAGGUGUGCCCCGGACGUCCAGGAGUAUGUAAAUGUGAGGUUUUUGAGCUUUCUCCUCUCUGGGCACUGAUUUGUGAAAUCCCCUGUUUGUAGUCUAGAUUUGGAAAACAAAGCCAGCAUACUUUUCCUCCGCGGCAUUUAGAACCACGGUUGACGUAAUAAGACAGAAAUGUCCAUUGGCAUUAGGUUUGAUAGCAAUAACAAUAUUUGGACGUACGUUAAAUAAUCCUAUUGGCACAAUAUUUCUAAUGUAUCUCCUUUUGAUCAAUGGAGAUGUCACUGCGUAAAACACAUUACGCAUCAAUGUAUAGGGGGGUAAAGUGUCUGUUUCAAGACAGGAUUUGUUCAAAACUGUAUGUCUGCAGUUGUAACUGCCUAAAGCACAAGGUCCUUUGUAUGCUUAGAGUUUGUAAUUUAACAGUUUUCCUAAAUGUGACCUAAUGAUUAACGUGAUAACUGUAAUAAUCACUGUAGUCAUACACAAGUCUCGUUUAUAAUCAUUUGAGCAGUUUUUGUACUUGCAAACUUUUGAACUUAUGUAACAAAUUGUGGUUCAAAGAUGUUCAGAAAUGACUGAAAUGCUGAAAUGAUUGAGAAUAAUUAUAGUUUGAUAGUAAAUAUCUACAGAUAUUUUUUACAUCAGAUUCAGAUAACUGAAUACAUCCAUAUGAUUUGGCAUAGGAGCAAUAAGAAAAAAACAUUCAACUAUGUAAAUGUUGUAUAGAAUAAUGAACACUUAUUAGAGUUAAUGGACAUGGUUGUGUUUUUUAUUAGUAUUUGCAUCUGAGGUGGAGCAAAUUCACCUUACAAAUUACAAGAUUAUUGAAAGUUUCUCAUUUCACAGUUAACUGCUGCUAUUUGUAAUCAUCCUGAUACCACUGUCUAUCACUUCAAGUCUUACAGGGUUUCCUUUUUUUCUUCUUUUGAACAUUUUUUGCACAAUUAUUUGUCUGUCUUGUGUUAAACACAUUGCUUUCAUGCAGGUUUUAUUUAUUUGUGACUUGCAGGUUCAGAGUGCAGUAAAUUAGAUGUGGUUAUACAAGUGCCUGGUGUUAGGAUAUGAUGCAUCUAUUUACUGAUUAUUAUUUAUAUCACCUAAUGUGUACCCAGUUCCAUCCAGUAUGUCAGUGACACCCCGAAGUUGCACUUGUUGGCUAAGUUGAGUCCUUAAGCAAUGACAGACAUGCGCGUUUCAUACGAGCUCCCAUUGAUCUGCAUGUUAACUCUCGAUAUUUAAAUCCACAGAGCUUUGUAAAGAAAAUGGCCUACAAUAACCUGGUUAUUCUCUCUUUCAUGUCUUGGCACAAUACAUCAUUCUGAGUGAAACUUUGACUAGUCAACUCAAUGUUAAAAAAAACACACAGAGAGGAUACAGGGUUAUUUUGUAGCUGCUAUACACUGAGAGACACUGAGUAAGUUAUUUUAUGAUGGUUUAUUGCAUUCAUUUUUCUUACGGUUUAUAACUGCUGUAUAAAUUAAUAAGUCAUUGUGAUGGUUCUGUAAAUAUACAAGAUUACAUCUUUGUAUCUGCUAUCUUUCUCUUCUGUAUAUUUGAGGCAAUUAUGCUUUGGUUUGCAAAUAAAUUCAUAUGUUCCUCUA